CAAUGUGAGAAGAAACGGAAGUGAAUGAGGAUCAAAAGGACGGGCGGGCGGGCGGCCGGCUCCCGGGCUCGAGGCGCCGCGACCUGAGCUCUCGGCCGUUGGGUAAGGGUGGACUCGAUGACCGGGAAGCAAAGGCCGGGACUAAACCGAAGCGUCAAAGGGGCGGGUCCCCGGCCGCUGCUCCCUCACUGCGGCUCCCGGCUCGAAGCGUUGCUGUGCUGUCCUGAGCCGAGCUUUGAGCGGCGGGGUCAGGCUGGACUCGAUGACCGGGAAGCAGGGCCUAAGGCGAAGCGCAAGGCUGCGCCCAAAGAGGCACUUUGCCGCCCUGAUCCUGGCCCGGGGAGGCAGCAAGGGGAUCCCGCUGAAGAACAUCAAACUGCUGGCCGGGGUGCCCCUCAUCGGCUGGGUGCUGAGGGCCGCCAUAGACUCGGAUCAGUUUGACAGCGUAUGGGUGUCAACCGAUCAUGAAGAGAUUGCGAUGGUGGCAAAAAGAUUUGGAGCAAAAGUACAUUGUAGAAGCCCAGAAGUGUCAAAAGAUACAUCGAGUUCAUUGGACACAAUUUUGGAAUUCUUGGAAAAUCGCAAAGAUAUUGACGUGGUAGGUCAUAUACAAUGCACUUCCCCAUGUCUCCAGCCAUACCAUCUGACAGAUGUGGUGAAGAUGAUCAAGGAAGACGGGUACGAUUCUGUCUUUUCUGUUGUAAGACACCAUCAUUUUCGCUGGCAGGAGGUGUUGAAAGGUGAAGUAACAAAGCCUUUAAAUCUGAAUCCAGCUAAAAGGCCCCGAAGGCAAGACUGGCGUGGAGAGCUCUGUGAAAAUGGAUCAUUCUAUUUUGCCACUACGCAGUUAAUUAAGGCUGGAUUGCUCCAGGGUGGCAAAAUGACCUACUAUGAGAUGGAACCAAAAUAUAGUGUCGACAUUGAUGUAGACAUUGACUGGCCAAUUGCAGAACAGAGAGUAAUGAGCUAUGGUUACUUGGGUAAGCACAAGGAUGUAAAGUUGCUGGUUUGUAACUUGGAUGAAGACUUCCAGGAAGGCCCAAGCUCAAGCCGGAAGAGGAAAUUUAAUGAGAAUGACGUUCCAGUGCUCAGAACACUAGCGGACAUACAUGUUCAGGUGGCAUUCAUCCCAAAGAUUAAUUCUAAUAAUUCAAAACUUGAAGGGGAGGGAGAUGCCCAAAACAAACUGAACACUGUGGAAAAUUUGAUGAAAACGUCAAGCAUCCUUUGGAAAAAUGUGGCUUACUUAGGAUAUGCGGAAUCUGACCUUGAGUGCCUGAAGAAAGCUGAAGUUCGGGGUGCUCCUCUUGAUGCGACAUCUCCUGUUCUGAAAGUGGCAGACUACAUCUGUAAGCACAAUGCGGGAACUAGAUCUCUAGAGGAAUUUGCUGAAUACGUGCUCUUGCUGAUUAAAAGAGAGAGUGACUGAAGGACAAAAAUACACUACGUACAAAAAAUACAAUAAUAUGUAAAUAUUAAUUAAUUUUAAAUAUAAUUAAUAUUAUUACACUGGUGGCUGAGUGUCCGUGUAUCUUGUAUGUCAUGAGUAUGACUAUAGGCUUUAUCUAAUGUUUUAAACUUAUGCAGGUAUGACAUUCGUCAUCUAUGGGCUAUGUCGAGUAGCGUGGGCCUUUCAAGCUUUCUGAUCAUAGCAAUGAUGAAUGACUUUAUUAUUGGAGUUCUGGUUAAGCCAGUCUUUAAUGUUGUCUAGCUGCUUCCUUUACUGUUGACCUCUUGUUUUUCUUCUGUUAGUCCUUCUGGUGGCGAUUAGCUACUCCAGCCCUUCUGUAUGAAUAACAUGUGUGAAGAGCUCUA